AUGUUUGCUUAUGGGGUUUUGGCAACUCAACAGGAAAUGGUUGCUAGGUUUGCUGAUGCUUUAGCUCCAAAGUGGAGUUCGUUUAUUGAGCUGUUGAAGCAUACGGGUACUCUAGAUACGGUCAACAUCUAUGAAUUUAUUCAGAAGAUGGAACACAAGAAUGAUGAAGAAAUCCGGAAAGCUAAACGAGUUCCGGCUCCUCAAAAUACAGAAAUGUACCUUCCAGGAUUCGACUCUUUGGCCAGAUCAAGUGCAGCUCAACAACCAAAAUUGCAAACGGCAUUUGUGUCCAAUACAAGUUCCUUUCCGUUUCCUCAGUCAUCUCCCACUCCUGCUUUUGAUCCAAGGGCUUAUAUUCCAACACCUCAACCUCCACCUCAAGUUAAUACUACUCAACCUCAGUUCGAUCCGAGGGCUUACAUUCCUAUUCCAUCACAACCACAAGUCCAACCACAACAGCAAGCUCAUUAUACCAACAAUCCUCCACCUCAAAACCCUAACACGGUCCGAGUCGAUACUUCAAACCUUUCACAAGUUAGCAUUGAAGUAGCAAAGGAGCAUAUGGAACUCAUUAAUACGAUGGUCAGUGCUUACUGCGGUUUGGUUGCAGCAUCUUCAUACACCCCUUUGAUUUGGUUCAAUUACCAUUUCCUUUACUAUCCUUUCACUGGAGGGAGCAUAAUUAUGGAUUCCUUCUCGACGGACACAUUUGCCCAACUUGAGAAUGAACUGGAGUCUCAUUGUAGUAGCACUCCACUAGCUGUUUUAAAUUUCUUGCUCAAGUCAAAGUCCCAGGCAGAGAUGGAAAAGAAGUUCAGUAAACCUAUGAUGUGGAUUGGAAUUUAUAUUGCAAUUGCUUCUCUUUUCUGCAUCCUACCAAUGGUGGCUGAUCUAUUGCAUGGUUUCAAAAACAAAAAACUAUGGUUUCCAUGUAAAUACUUUACUCUCAAUGCUGCUUCCCUCACUGUCAUAGCUAUUGCAAUAAAACUACCUAUGGAUCUGAAUAACUCAAUGCCAGGAGAUGUGGACCAGGCCGCAAAGCUUGGAAGCAUGUCAUUUAUGUGCACCAUGAUGGCUAAUUUAUUGCCUUCCCUAGCAAUCAUGGACAGUAAGGAACUUCUCACAAACAUCAUAGCUUUGGCUGUUCUGGUAAUCACCUUGGUUGUAAAUGUGUGCAUUCAAAUAGAAACCGGUGUCGUUCACAAUUGUGAAGAUGGUUAUUACAGUACUCAACCUUAUAACCACUGUUUAAUAGCAUAUAUUUAUGUGACUAUGUUACUCAUGCUGAUGAUGAUGCAUAUAUGUACAUCCUUAAUGAUUCUAAAGUCAAAACAAAUAUUAGAAUCCAAAUACAGAUCAGGUCAUGAAACAGCUGUCAAGGAUCUAGAGUUGCAACAACCAGGAAGAGUAACGGUUGAGAAGCUAAAGCAUUAUGUUAGCAACCAUUGGAUCAUGGCAGAAACUGGCAACCCCCAAUUUAUGACAGUUUGUUAUGCUACAACUUCUGCUUCUGGGGUAAUAUGUGUUUUGAGCAUCGCCGUACAUGUUAUUGUUAUGCGUUUCACAAGACCAACUAUGAAGUUUUAUGGCUCAGAUUAUAAGUGGUCAGUGAUAGCAAUUCUUAUAACACAAUUUACGGGAGUAAUACUGGGUACCGUCGCACCUAUUUCUAGAUGUUUUGCGUCCUUAAGCUUUAAAGUCUCUAUAAAAUGGAUUUGGAACCAUAUGAGGGUCUUUAAAGUUGAGAGCUACUGUACUCAGAAGUUAUCUGACUGGAAGCAGAGUAGCAUACCACUGAAAUUCAGUAGCCGCAGAUGCAAGAUUGUCAUCCAGGAUCUAAAGGUCCUGAUUUUGAGUUUUUGUAUAGGAAUCCAGAAAUCAGUUGUGGCAGCAUGCAAGAUCAUAGCGUUGAUCCCGAUUUUCUUUGUAAUUGGUCUCUUCUGUUGUUUCUAUUGCUGCAAGUGGUUAAAGAUCAUGUUUGGUGCCACGUAUAAUGUGACAGCAGAAAAUCCAGCUCAACUACAACACAGUAAAGAUCUCAGCGAUUAUGUUUUGCAACUUCAAAAUGAUAUGGAGCUUGCUCAAAGAACAUUGAAAAGCAUUUCAAUAUCUGUGAACCAUGUGAUCCAAAAGGCUAAAAAGCAGAAGCCUAACAAUUUGCUGAAGCUUAUAGAGGAAUCCAGCAGUUUUGAAGGAGUUGGAAAGUAUGACGUGCAUCAAGUCCCACCUUUACCGGAAGAAAAAUAUGUGGACUGCUGGAGCUUACCAGUAGUAACCCUGACAGCCAUAGCCAUAUCUCUUCCUAACAUCCAGAACAACAUGGUCAAUCGGUUGCUAAGGAGUGUAAGCGAAGGUCUUACAUAUGUUAAACAUGUGGAAGAAACCCUCAAUGCUAGUGAAGAGUUUGUAAGCGGUCAAAAGGCUGCCAGAGCGUUGUGGCUAGAAGUUGAUGUUUACCACAAAUGGCUAGGAAACAAGUUGCAGAACCCUGCUCAUCAAGUUAAUACAACUAAAGAGAUCGUUCAGUGGUUCAGUGAUACAGCAAAAAACAUGAUCACUGAAGUAGAAAUUAAGAAUAAGAAAGGCUCAGAUGAUAGUUCAGUCUACAUGUCGGUUUCUGCCAACUCAAUGUACCGUAUCACCCAAACGCUCCUAGUUUCCUACGAUGCCAACAUAGACCAGGUUAGCCAAGAGGAGCUGUUUGUGAAAUUAUCAUCAAUGAUCUCUCACAUAUUGGCUGCUUGUCUCACCAACUUACCCCAAGUCAUAGCAAUGAAAUGCCACACAAGUGUCAUAGAGAAAAGGGAGGAGAGUGUACAUACUGCAGCCCGACUUCUUGGUGAGACUAUGCAGAUAAUCAAUUGCCUUAAAGAUCGCACACUCCCAAGCUUAAAUCCUGAUGAGUUGCCAUUUAUUGACAAGUGGCAUGAUUGUUUUCUUCAUCCUUCUCCUUGA